GGCCAGGUCUUAUCUACUUCAGCGGGGAGGAUGUGGUCAGUGCUGGGAGGCUUUGUUGAUGGGUUGACUGGCUGGUGUUGGGGCUUUGUGGGAUGGUGGUCAUUGUUCCUGUGAGCCCGGGGUGGAAAACGUCUGGUGUUAUGCAGAAAGCCCGCUCCUGUGGAGGGUAUAAUAAGAGUCCGGGUACUCGAGUGUCUCUAAGUCAGUUUUGUGAAAUUCUCCCAAACUGCAAGGACUGUACUGCAUUAGAAUCAACCUCAUCAGUGAUGAAUUCUUUCCAGGAGACUCAAUCUGAUUUGGAGGUGAUCUUAGAGUUCCUAGAGGAGUACUACAAACAAAACGCUGGAGAAAAUGUGGACAAGGUGUACUGGACUGCAGACAAAGAAUCAUGUGAGCAGCGCUGGAUGUGCUACGAGCCACCUAACAUCAAACCUGAAGUGCAGGUACUGGCACACAAUGCCCCACCAGUUCUCAGCCAACACACAACAGCAACAUUGUCUGAGCAUGGGUCACUGCCAAACUUUGUAUCAACAAGAAAACCAACCAAACACCCAGCCAUAGCAGCGGGGAGUGGUAGAAAGGUGCGACUCUUUCACUUUCUGUUUGAAAUGCUGGAGGAUCCAAACAUGGCCCACUGUGUGUCCUGGGUGCCAGCAGCCACUGGCGUUUUCCGCUUUUCCUCCACGAAUAAGGACCAGGUGGCAGCACUCUGGGGGCAGAGGAAAGGCAACAAGAGGCCCAUGACUUACCAGAAGAUGUCUCGCGCCCUCAGGAACUACGCCCGGUCCGGAGAGAUCUUCAAGGUGAAGAAGAAGCUCACCUACCAGUUCAGCCGAGACACCCUAAUGUUACUGCAGAAGUGUCAUUGAGGAGAUGUGUAAUCUAGAGUAGAUUUUGUGUAGCUCAUAUCAUCUCACAUAAAACUCUAAAUGUGCUCUUUUUCCAUUUUUUUAAUCUAGAAGCUUCCAUUUCCAACUAUUUUUCAUUAUUAGUGUGACAAAUCAGAUUCACAAAUCAGUUUUCUUGAGGUUUGUACAUGCGUUGAGUUUUUGGUGUAAAUAAUAAAAAAGAAAUAAAGAAAAUAUUUUACUCUUA